UCCGCUGUGUCACGGACUGUCAGCGAUAUUUUUUGUUAUGAGUGGCUCUUUUGUUCGGUUGCCAGUGGCGACAGCAGGUAUCGCUGUUACCGGAGGUGUGCGGUGUUUUAUGACUGAGCUGAGGCCGCAGGUAGCUGCUUAUUUACACACACGAAACAAACAGGGAACCUCCCGCAGCAGCAACAGGUAGCCGGAGACAUUAUACUGUGUUCCUGAGAGAGGCUGCGAUUCUGAGCAUCCAGUGGUGUGUAGUACAGAGCUCCAGCACCCAGCUCACAAAACUACUCUCUCCUCUUUCAGCUCCUCUGAGACACAGGAGAAACUUCUGCACGCAUCUCUACACUCCACUGUGUAAAACAAAUAUGGGACCAACAUCAUCCAGAGAAGUCACACAGCUGGUGUGCCAAGAGUCAGACCUGCAGGAUGGACAAAUGAAAGAGGUGGAGAUUGAACAAAACAAAAUUCUGCUGGUUCGUAAUAAAGGCAAGUUUAGCGCAGUGAGUGGUCUGUGUACUCACUAUGGAGCUCCACUUAUUAAAGGGGCUUUGGUGGGAAAUCGAGUCAGAUGUCCUUGGCAUGGUGCUUGUUUUAACACUACAACUGGAGAUAUUGAGGAAUUUCCUGGGUUAGACUGUUUGCAUUCAUACAAGGUGAAAGUUGACUGUGGUAAAGUUUAUGUUACAGCAAGUAAACAGAAAACAACUAAGCGUGUUAAAGAAAUGAGCAGCCGAGAGCCUGGAGUCUGCCACACUGUGCUCUUGAUUGGAGGAGGUCCAGCAUCCUUGCAGUGUGCAGAAACACUUCGACAGAAUAAAUAUGGUGGGAGAAUUAUCAUGGUGAUCAAAGAUGAGAAGCUACCUAUUGACAAGACCAAACUUAGCAAGGCCAUGAAUAUAGAGAUUGAAAAGAUUCUCCUUCGUCCAAGUGACUUUCUUCAGAAGCAUGACAUUGAAGUCUGGACAGAAAAGGAUGUAGUAUCUGUUAACACAGAGGGGAAAGUAGUGACAUUCAGUGAUGGGACAACUCAACCCUAUGAUCAGCUCUUGGUCUCUACAGGGGCUAGAGCGAGAGCUUUGCAGGUUCCUGGUGCUGAGAUGGAGAAUGUGAAACUGCUGGAAAGUUAUAAGGACGCUGCUGGGAUUUAUCAGAUGAGCGUGGGCAACAAGGUUGUUAUCGUUGGAACAUCAUUUAUAGGAAUGGAAGUAGCAGCGUACCUGUCUGACAAAGCAGCCAGUGUAGCAGUUGUGGGCAAAUCUGAAUUCCCUUACCAGUUGUCACUUGGUCCAGACAUUGGGAAAAUGACUAUGAAGAUGCUGGAGGAGAAGAAUGUGAAAUUCUACAUGAACAGUGGCGUGGCUGAGAUGCGAGGUGAAAAUGGAAGGGUGAAGGAAGUUGUACUGCAAAAUGGUGAUGUCCUACAAGCAGAUGUUGUCAUUUCAGGGAUUGGUGUGAUCCCUAAUUCUGAUUUCCUGAAAGGGAGUGCUGUUGAAGUUGAUUCAAGAAAUGCAGUAGUUGUUGAUAAGUUCAUGAGAACCAACAUUCCAGAUGUCUUUGCUGCUGGAGAUGUGGUGUCUUUUCCUCUUGCUCUUCGUGAAGAUAAGAUGGUCCAGAUUGGACACUGGCAGCUGGCCCAAGCACAUGGAAGAGUUGCUGCUUUAAACAUGCUGAAGAAGCAAACUGAAAUCAACUCCGUUCCUUAUUUUUGGACAGUGCUGCUGGGAAAAAGCAUCAGAUAUACAGGUUAUGGUGAAGGCUACACAGACAUUGUUUUCAAAGGAAAUGUUGAAGAGAUGAAGUUUCUUGCGUUUUAUAUAAAGGGUGAUGAAGCUGUAGCUGCAGCUAGCCUGAACUUUGACCCAGCUGUGUCAAAGGUAGCUGAAUUAAUGGCUUCAGGGCAGAAAAUCACCAAGUCACAAGCGGAAUCACAGGACCUUGCAUGGCUGCAGCUGCCAUAGAACAAGCAUUUGCCUCGGUGACAGUUGGAAAGGGCCCAUUCAUUGGGUUUCUUGAAACAUUUAUGUAUUACGUUUCCAUGAAUGUUGUAUUUUGAUAUUCUUUUUAGUGAUAAAAGGUGAACUAGGCCUACUAUAUGUUAUGAAUCUUCAACAGAAUUUAAAAUGUUUACAUUAAAUGCCUUCUGGGCUGGACUAAUGAUUUAGUGCAGUAUCUGAAAUCUUAUUAAAAUACUUGAAUAUGUUUACAUCAAA